CGAUCUCUGACGUUACCGCACUGUUGACAAGCGUUAAUAGAGAGCUGUACGGGAGGAAUCGCGGGCUGGGGUCUCAAAGAACGGGAACUAGAAGCUUAACAGUCGCUUACAGAAACACGUGUUUAGGGAUCAUGAUACGUAUUUGCAUAUUGUUCGUUUCAUUUUCAUUCAGAAGUGGGCUUCUCACACAGCAGCGAGCGACACUGUAAACCUGAACGUGAGCUGCUACGGACAUCCCCGUCACUCAGUAGUGGAAAACAAUCGGUCUGAAAAUAGAUGAACAGAGCCGCCCGAACAGACAUUUUCCUUAAAACUAGUGAGGAUGAACAUAGUGCGGCUUUGAGUCUGGGGUGUGCUAAAGUGACCAGUGGAUGACUUCCAAGGUGGAAGAUGGAGGACUUCAAGAAGGCGUACCUUCGACUGUGUAAGGAAAAUGAUCUGGAGCCGCAGGAAGCUGUUCUCAACCAGCUCCAUGAUGUUCGGGCCUCAAGUGGCAGUUGCAAGCUGGACCUUGCAACGCGGAGUCUCUCUGUUGACACCUGUGCUGUGCUCAGCAAAGUCCUACAUGAUGAUGUUUUGUUUACCGAGCUCAUUCUGAGUGACUGUAUGCUCAGCGAGGAAGGUGUUAAACUGCUGGCGCAUGGACUUUGCUCAAACACAACUGUGAAAACUCUGGACUUGAAGGGUAAUAACAUCCGAGCGGCAGGAGCAGAGGCCCUUGGAAAAUUACUACUACAUAAUAAGUCACUUAAGUGCUUGACUUUAGAGUGGAAUGCUCUGGGGAUAUCGGAAGAGUCCUUCUCUCUUUUUUGUGAAGGCCUGGGUUCCAAUCAAGUUCUUAAACGGCUAGAUCUCCGAAACAACCAAAUUAACCACCAGGGAGCUGGAGAUUUGGCAUUGGCGCUUAAGAGGAAUCAUACACUCCAAGGGCUCGAUAUUCGCUGGAAUAACAUUGGACUUCUAGGAGGACGUUCGUUACUAGAAGCUCUGCAGCAGAACAAGACCCUCUUUGAACUGGAGAUGGCCGGAAACAACAUUGCCAGCGAUACACUUAAAGCAGUCGAGCAAUCAGUUCGCCACAACUCUGAACGUCAGUGUGUCGUUAAGGAGAGCCAAAGCAGGACGCAUGUGCUCAGCCGGGAGAUCCAGUGUUUGAAAGAUGAAAAAGGAAAACAAUUCUUGAAUCUAAUGGAAGUCAUUGAUAAACAGCGAGACGACAUGAGCAGGAGUAGCAGAACAUGCGCAACACGCAUUGGCCAGCUUCAAGAAGCCCUGAAUGAAAGAAGUUCUGCCGUGAAUUCUCUCCGAGCAAAGCUGCAGAUGACCGAAGCUGCCCUGGCUUUGUCAGAGCAAAAGUCUCAUGACCUCGGCGAGAUCAUCAGCAGAGUAAAACAAGACAAAUCGGAACAAAAAGAGCGCCACUCAAGAGAGAUGAAAAAAGAACAGGAGGAUUCAAUCCUAAGAGAAGGAAAGCUUAUGAGAGAUCUGCACGUGGCAAAUGAGAAGAAUCUCCAGCUAAAAAGCAAGGUUGAUGAAUUGGAGCGAAGGUGUAAAAGCCAGCAGGAUCAGAUCUUUAAUCUGAAACAAGAACUGACCAAUACUACCAGUGAGCUCAAAUUGCGGCUGGCCCAGGCUGAAGAACGUCUGGAAACUGAAAAGAAAAGAUCUAAACAAGUGCUGGAGGAUUUAGAGCAUUUACACCAGAAAGAGGUGGAUCACCUAAAUCGACAUCUGGAAGAUAGCGAAAGAUCCCUUCAAGAGAGGGUUCUAAAAUUGGAAGGCGUUCGAAUCCAGCUCGAAGAAGAGCUUUCUCGAGUCAAAGCACUUUCCGUUACCGAGCGUGCUCAAGCAGAAGAAGAACUUCAGAAAGUGAGGAGCCAGGCUCGAAUGGAGGAGCAACAAAAAUCAAGUCACCUUGAGGAGAAGCUGCGCCUCCUAACACAGUCUAGAGACGAUUCACAGAUUUACUGCACACAGCAAAAACAGACCAUUGGCGAACUGCAGGCCAAAAACAACAAUCUGUUAGUGGAGAUAGAAGGACUGAAACGAAGGCUGGAAGAUCUCCUACAGGACUUGAGCGGAAAGGAGCAAGAGAAAGUGGCUGAGGUGAACAAGGUGCGAGUGGAGCUUCAGGAGCAGAUUGGUCACUUGCAGGCAGAGAGGACCGCACAGAGUGGACUGAAGGAGAAGAUUGCCUCUUUGGAAAGAGAAAUGAAAGUACAAACCAGUAAUCACCGGGAGGCACUGUUGGAUAAGGAGAGUGAAAUUAACUCUCUUUUGGAAAAGCUAAGACUUAAAGAUGCUGAAAUCUUGAGGAUGAGGGAGGAUGAAGCUCAGAGGGCGAGCUUUCUACAGAAUGCAAUUCUUUCGUAUGUACAAGGAUCACCUCUGGGCAGCUGUGCCCUGAAAAAAUAAUAUUUUGUACGAAUUGUUCAACUUCAAGGGGCAUGCAGUAUCACAAUCGGCACGGUUUUCUUGACUAAUUUUUGUAUUUCACUCUAGCAAUAAUGUUUUAUGAAAUAUGAGAUAUCAAUGGAUCACUUCAAGAAGAAGUGAAAAGGAAAAAUGAGCUACUAAGCAUGUUUAAAAGGGGGCCGUUGUAGCUAGUAUGCACUACCUGACGUAUGUAGCAUGACUUGGGUUUUGAAGUGUUUCCAAAUUCAGAACCAAUCUUUGUCAGAUGUAAACCGCCUUCUGCUGUAAAGCAGUGUGAUGCACACACAAUCGGUGCUAAAACCUUUUCUGGUUGUGGAUUUUAUUGACCUCCACGUGUGCAGUUGUUUCUUUAAUACCACAUUAAUGCUAAACUUCAAAAAUGUCUUGCAAAUAAUGAUGGCCAUGUUAACAAAAGUGCCUAUUAUCUAGGGGUCAUGUAAAAUAUGUUACUGCUUUUCAGUUUGAAUUGGCAACCACAUAGACCCCCAUUCCUAAAAAUAAAUUGCACAUUUUUCCUUUGUUAUUCUCUUUGACCAUAAUGGGGUGCAUAUUAAUGUUUAUAUAUAAUUUUUUUUUCUUUUCAAAUCAGCACAAGUAACAUUUUAUUUUAACUACAUUAAGCAUAAUGAAGGAAAAGUUAACUCGACUGAAUCUGAUGUAGGGUAUCAAAACAAGGGAAGGACAUUUGGCCCUCCACAUAUUUGCAAAUGGACCCCCAACGGAAGGCCGGUAGGUCCAUCGCCUGUUUGGAUGGCUUCUUUGUAGGUUGCUGUCAUGGAGAGGCGGGUGUGUGUGAGACUUCAGAGUGUUCCCCAGAUGCUUGCGUGUGCCUGGGCCGAGAUUUUGAAGCCCUGCUAAUGUUUUAGGUAAUGGCAGCUCCACCUCGUGGCCUCUUAACAUGUGGUCUCUCUGCCACAACUACAAUCAAGUGAACAUUCAAAGGAUGAUAUUUUGUUGUUGUUAUUAUUAUGGGCUAGACCAUCAUGAGACUCUUCGAGCUCAAGCUCCUCAUAAUGCCUUUGAAGUAACCAAGUAAAAACAGAGAUGGUUUUCUUUUAACAGUUGCUGAUGGGCACUUACAUUGAAACAAUUAGGCAGUUUUAAAAAUCAUUGUACUCUGAUCUUUAAUUCCCUUCUCCAAUAUUACUGUAAUCUUUUACAACAAAUUAGAUAUCAUGAUUUGCUGUUUCAUAUCUUUUUGUUUUUAAUGAAAUGAUUGGCAAGGUGUGCACGGUGUAAAUGCUUGUGAUUUACACACUGCAGAUUGUGUUAUUGCAUACAUUUUGUACCGUUCUGUAUUUGUUUUUUACAUUUUAUAUAAAAUGUUUUCUAAUUUAUCAAUAAACAAAUUUUAAUUACA